CGACGAAUGACAAUACCUACUGCAUCCCGAUACCCUUCGACCUACGGCUGGGGCGACUGGGACGCCCGUGCGGGUCCCGCGAGAAGGAGCCCACCCGCGGGGCCUUGCGUUUCCUGUGCCGUAUGAAACGGGUGUAUAAAAGGGCGUGGCGAGUGGAACACGACCGAGGACGGCGAUCCUCGCCCGGCGAACGCCUUUCUUGACUUGCCUCUCCUCCGCACCAAGGAUUUAGGAUCGCAGCCCGAACGCUCUCCCCUGCCUCUAUUUCGAGUCCUCCCUUCCGAUUCCUUGCCAUCCUGCGCCGAUAGAAUGGCGAUCGCCCCGGAGGACGCGAUCGAGCGGCUUUCCAUGCUCACGGACGAAGCCGAUGAUCUGCUGAAGGCUACAUUUCAGGUUCGGUCCUCCGUGAAGUGAACUUCCGUGAUUUGGAUGAAUUAUGCGUUGGUUCCUUGGGAUUCGUGGAUCCGGGUUUUGGUUUUGGUUAUGCUUAUCGAAGAAUAUGCACCAAGGGCAUCUGACACAUACUUUGAUGCGCUUUCUCAAGGCUAGAGAGUGGAGCGUCCCCAAAGCACAGGAGAUGCUGGUGAACUGUUUAAACUGGAGGGUACAGAAUCAAAUUGAUGGCAUUCUGUCUAAACCUGUAACUCCAGCAGGCCUAUACAGAGGAAUUCGUGAAUCACAAUUAAUAGGAUUAUCAGGGUACUCAAAGCAGGGCUUUCCUGUUUUUGCGAUUGGUGCUGGUCUCAGCACAUUUGAUAAAGCAUCUGUUCGCGACUAUGUGCAAUCACACAUUCAAAUUAAUGAAUACCGAGAUCGUGUAAUCUUGCCUGCUGCGAGUAAGAAAUACGGGCGACAUGUUGGAACAUGCUAUAAAAUUCUGGAUAUGACCGGUUUGAAGUUUUCAUCCUUGAGCCAGAUAAAGCUAUUAACCAUCAUAGCCACUGUCGAUGACCUAAAUUAUCCAGAGAAGACAGAGACGUAUUAUGUAGUGAAUGCUCCAUAUAUCUUUUCAGCUUGUUGGAAGGUCGUGAAGCCACUCCUGCAAGAAAGAACGAGAAGGAAAGUUCAAGUGUUGCAGGGCUGUGGCAGAGACGAGUUAUUGAAGAUAAUGGACUAUGCCUCCCUCCCCCACUUCUGUCGAAGAGAAGGUUCUUCGUGUUCUGGAGGCGCCGCCGACUGCUACUCCUUGGACCAUCCCUUCCACCAGCAGCUGUACAGGUACAUGAAGCGGGAAGCAGAGCGUGAGGAGGUGGAGAAUGGUGGGAAGCUUGGGAAGGAAGGGUCGUUCCCCGUGGAGGUGCCGAUACCAGAGGCCAUCAUCGGGUGGGAGCUCCAUAAGAAGUCGGGGGACGCCAGUGGACGUGCCAUGGACACUCCAUGAUGAUGAUGAUGAUGAUGAUGCUUAUUAGCCGGGAGCUGCAGGAUUCGCGAAGGUCGAAUCCAGGUAGGUAGAUGAUAUAAUACCAUCGACGGUAUGUGGUGGGCAGCAGCAAAGCAAAGCACCCAUCAUCCGAUGAUGUGUUUUGCGGCGGAGGGUGUUGGUCCCCCGUGUCUUCUUCACUCCUUGCUUGGUCUGUUGUGUCUUUGGAGGAUGGGUUCGAGCUCAACAGGUUAAAACGCAGUCGUAGGAAAGAUUCAGAUUCGUAGUGAUCAUUUAUUUACCUUCA